AUGACAACUUUAGAAAUUGAACUCUAUAAUUUGCAAGCUCAAAUAUGGCCUUCCUCUGGAAAGCACAUCAUGGCGCAAUACGAUGAUGACUCGAUUGUGGUUUAUCAGGCCUUUAACGAUUCCAUUGCGGAUUAUGCUAUCUUGGCCAUAGAGAUGUCUCUAGAGGGCUUUGCCAGCAUCCUUUCAGGGUGUGUUCCUUCCUCUUUCAGAGCUUCCUCCUAUAAAGAAGAAAGAGACUGGAAAGCCGCGCUCCAAACCUCCAGCCUCCGACUCCAAUGGGAUCCUGAUCACGACCUCCAAGGGAGAAAGCUUGCACGCAAAGCCAUUCAACUUGGUAUAAGUGGCGAAACGUUAGUGAAGAGGUAUUCAAAUGAAUGGAUUUUGAGCAUUGAAGAUAUUACAGAGUUCGUCAAGGAACAGUACAGUUUUGUGAAAGACGGAAAGUUAGAAAUGGUAUGGACGCCAAAGGAGCGAACAUUCGAAGUCAAAGAUGAACAUAUUCGAAGGAACCUGGGGAUGGAUUUGGAUGAGAACCCUGAGUAG